UCGUUCGAGUAAGGGGAGUACGAAGCAAAACCCUAGCUAUAUAUAUACCUCGCUUUCGCAUCCCCUUCCUCUCCCGAGAAACAUUUGCAGCAACGCGCAGCCUCUGAGCCAAACUACUACUCAGACUUCAAAGAGAAAAAGAGAGAUGAAGGUUCUCGCAGCAUACUUGUUGGCCUUAUUGGGUGGCAAAGCCUGCCCUUCCGCUGGUGACAUUAAGAAAAUCCUUUCUUCUGUUGGUGCCGAGGCUGAUGAUGACAGAAUUGAGCUGCUACUGUCCCAAGUUGAGGGGAAAGACAUCACUGAGCUAAUUGCAGCUGGAAGGGAAAAGUUGGCUUCAGUACCAAGCGGUGGUGGUGGGGUGGCAGUUGCUGCACCUGCCGCUGGUGGUGCCGCUGCUGCACCAGCUGCAGAAGAGAAAAAGGAGGAGAAGAAAGUGGAAGAGAAGGAGGAAUCUGAUGACGAUAUGGGAUUCAGUCUUUUUGAUUAGAAGUGUCUUGUUGGCAUUGUUUUUAUUUGAAGAACAUUCUCAAGCUCUUAGAUUUAUACUCUUGGGAGAUUUUGUCUACUGUGGUGUUGAUGUUUUGUGUCCGUUUUAAGUUUUUACUAUGCAUAUUUUGAAGAAUGCAGACAUUGAUCAUAUUGUAUUUUUAAAUUAAAAUAGCUGAAACCUUAGCCAGAAAA